AUGAGCUUUCAACGACAAACCUCAGCAAAGACGACGGAGCUGACGGCAUCCGUGCCGGUAAAGCUGCUCACAGCUGGAACGGCUGCCUGUUUUGCAGACUUCAUCACCUUCCCGCUGGACACGGCCAAAGUGCGGCUACAGAUUCAAGGCGAACAGCCGGUUAGAACAGUCGCCAUGGCUCCUGCCAUCAACACAUCCGCCUCGCUAAAGCUCAACCCGACACCCGUGCCGGCGACCCAGCACGUGCAGUACCGUGGCCUGGUGGGUACGCUCACAACCAUCACCAGACAGGAAGGCUUCCGGACACUGUAUAAUGGACUGUCCGCUGGUCUGCAGCGUCAGCUGUGUUUCUGCUCCAUCCGCCUAGGGUUAUACGAUACCGUGAAAACGUUCUACGGUUCCCUGCUUAAAGAAAAUGAAGCGGGUCUUCAGAUUGGAACUCGAAUCUUAGCCGGUCUAACGACAGGAGGGGCCGCAGUCAUGAUCGCACAACCGACAGAUGUCGUUAAGGUGCGGUUUCAAGCGGCCACACGCUCGUCCACCGGGCGUCGGUACGCUUCCACACUGGAAGCAUACCGGACGAUACACCGGGAGGAAGGAAUGCGCGGGCUGUGGAAGGGUGCAAUGCCGAACGUGGGUCGUAAUGCGAUCGUCAACGUGGCGGAGAUUGUCUGUUACGACGUGGUGAAGGACUGUCUCCUGCUGUACGCACACAUGCCCAACGACAUCCGGUGUCACUUUUCGGCCGCGGUUGUAGCGGGACUGGCCGCAACAAUCGUCGCCUCGCCGGUGGAUGUGGUGAAGACGCGCUACAUGAACUCGCCCCGCGGACAGUACCGUGGAGCAUUGGACUGUGCCAUCCGGAUGGGCGCUAAGGAGGGUGUUGCGGCAUUCUACAAAGGCUUUGUACCGUCGUUCGCACGGCUCGUCUCGUGGAAUGUGGUCAUGUGGAUCAGUUACGAGCAGCUGAAACUGGUCAUCUUUAACCGAAGCUAA